AUGGCAGAAACGUUUGACAGCAAGAUCGCCAGAGUUUUGGCUGAUCUUAGAAUCGAAUUUCCUUUGAAAACAUUACAGAAAGUAUGCCUGGAGAAAUUAGCAAAUAGGUUGGACGUAUUUGCAGUGCUACCUACGGGUUAUGGGAAGUCAUUGUUAUACGCUAUUUUACCGAAAUUGAUGCUUGAAGUUGAAGAUAAUUUACAGUGUGCCAUAGUUCUUGUCAUUUCGCCGCUUGUUUCUCUAAUAAAAGACCAAGUUGCUAACUUGAAAAAAUACAGCGUGGAGUCUAUUUUCCUCGGAGAGGAGCAUGACAGAGACACAUUGGAACACAUUCAGGAAGGCAAAUUCCCUAUCGUUCUUAUGAGCCCAGAAGCUUAUUUUAGUGGUACAUGGAGAGGGUUGCUGACAUCUUCACCAUAUCAGAAGUUUGUGCAAUCCAUUGUGAUUGAUGAGUGCCACUGUGUGGAACAAUGGUGA